CUGCAGUUCAGUAUAGUCGCAGGAGACGCGUGGUGAAGUGAUUGAGUUUGGCGAGCCAAAAAAUUUGAUUUAUCUCGAUCUGGUUUCUCUCCAUACUGGUUGUUGCACCGUUUGGUGACUAAUUUGUAGUGUUAAUAAAAAAAUAUGUUUCCACUAAUAUUAGUGGGAAUAACGUUAGUCUCCUGUACUCUGGGAGAUGUCAAACACGUUUUAGAUGGAACCGUUGGAGGACAGCACUCAUCCAGCGUCGACCCAAAAGAAAUCAACAGGUUGGCUUAUUCCGGCUCUGCCAAAAGUCCCAGGGACUUUUGGUGGAUGGCUGAUGACUCUCCACUCAAAGAAGCCUAUGAUUACUACAAGAAGUGCUCACUGAAAGGAAACUGCGCCAAUGUAGGUAAAUCAGUUGCUGGAAGCGAAAUCGGCAAAAACCCAUUCUUGAACGGAGAUUUCAAAAAUGGCAAAAUUCCAACAGGAGGUGCAGUAAAAUCAGCUGGUUUUCAUAGUGGUGCUACUUUGGACCUUUCCAACAACCCAUUCCUCAACGGUAAAUAUGCAACAAAUGCUAAGGGAGAAAAGAUCCCAAUUGGGAACGGCUUUAUAGGUGUACAGCCUCAAUUCGCUACUAACCACCCACUGACCAAUAAAAAACCGUUUAGUACGACGCAUCCGCUUUUACAGAACGCGCAAAAUGUUUCAGGGAACAAACAGUCAGCUGCAGGUGCACCAGAAGGUACCACCUUGUGCAAAGGACAUGGGUACAUCUGCGUCGAAAAUGGUCUGUGCAAAAAUGGGUUCGUUAACCACAAUGGAGAAGGACUCUUGCAAAUCAGGAGUGAUGUACAGUUCUGCCAAAACAACCAAGUGUGUUGUCGCUUGUCGAGUGCUGGACCAGCCCCUCAAAAAAUCAACUUGAACCUUCCUGCAUUGGACAAUAAUUUGAACCAAGUUACAGCUGGAAAGAGUUCUGUCCCAGAAUCCGCAAUUAAAUUUGGAGGACUCCCUGGGUUCAGUUCUGGUACCAUUCAAAUUUUAAACGACCAAAAUCUAGAACCACAAAUCUCCGUGGCUGGAGAAUCUGGUCACCAUAAAGGUUCGAGUACCAUAAAACCUCGCGAUGUGUCAGACAGUCUUUUCUCCGCCAGUUCAUCAACUCCCGACUACAGCAAUGUCGAUUUCGGAGAUGUUAGGUUUGCUUCCACCAUUCAAGGACCAGCAUACCUUCCUCCAGAUAGGCCUGAUAACACCAACAAAAUUACCACCUAUGUACCACCACCACGUCCUACUUGUGCCCCAGGUCAAAUCCAACUACCAUCGGGUGUGUGCGGUUACCCCAGCACACCUAGACCAACUUGUGCACCAGGACAAAUUACCCUACCAUCUGGAGGUUGCGGUUAUCCCAGCACAACAAGACCUACUUGCGCACCAGGGCAAAUACAGUUACCCUACGGAGGUUGUGGUUACCCCAGCACACCUAGACCUACUUGCGCACCCGGACAAAUUACCCUACCAUCUGGAGGUUGUGGUUACCCCAGCACACCUAGACCAACUUGUGCUCCUGGACAAAUUACCCUACCAGGGGGAGGUUGUGGUUACCCCACAACACCUAGACCAACAUGUGCUCCAGGACAAAUCCAAACCCCAUCGGGAGGUUGUGUUUACCCCACCACUCCAAGGCCAACUUGUGCUCCAGGACAAAUUACCCUACCAGGGGGAGGUUGUGGUUACCCUACAACCCCACGCCCAACUUGCGCACCGGGACAAAUCCAAACUCCAUCGGGAGGUUGCGUUUACCCCACAACCCCACGCCCUACAUGUGCUCCAGGACAAAUUACCCUACCAGGAGGAGGUUGUGGUUACCCCACAACCCCACGUCCUACAUGCGCACCAGGACAAAUUACCCUACCAGGAGGAGGUUGUGGUUACCCCACAACACCUAGACCAACUUGCGCACCAGGACAAAUUACCCUCCCAGGUGGAGGUUGUGGUUACCCUACAACACCUAGACCGACCUGUGCACCAGGACAAAUUCAAUUACCCUACGGAGGUUGCGGUUACCCCUCCACCCCAAGACCAACUUGUGCUCCAGGACAGAUUACCCUCCCAGGUGGAGGUUGUGGGUACCCCUCUUCUCCAAGGCCAACGUGCGCUCCAGGACAGAUUACCCUACCAGGAGGGGGUUGUGCUUACCCCACCACUCCAAGGCCAACCUGUGCUCCAGGACAGAUACAACUGCCUUCUGGAGUUUGCGCCUAUCCGACAACUCCAAGACCUAGACCAACUUGUGGACCAGGACAAGUUCUGAGCCCAUCUGGAAGCUGCGUCUACAUUUCUACCACGCCACGCCCAUGCGGCUUCGGACAGAUCCGCAACCCGCAAGGCGUCUGCGAGUACGUCGGCUCUCCAUCUACCACGCCGGCCGAAUACUUACCUCCAAGACCACCAAGUACCACCCAAAGACCAGGGUACAGUUACCCCACUCCCACCCCAAGCUUUACAUACCCCAGCCCGAUUAUCCCGGAUGGCAACAAUGUCGAUAACGUGUAUGUGCCCAGUCCGACUACCAGUACCACCACCCCGAGAACUGGGGAGAGUAUCAAGGAUACCAACACCCCCGACCACGAAACUUCGCCGGGAGGAAAUGAUGAAAUUCGUAUUCCAAUCCCAGGCCAACCAAGACCGGUAGGACCAAGUGGACCAUCUGGCCCACCCCCACCAAGUUGUGCCGCUGCAUUGAAAUGUGUACAGGAAAUAUAUUGUACAGCUGACGGUUUUGUAUCUCCGGUACCGGUUGUUCUUACGAAAGAACAGGAACUGCUUAGAGUACCAACUACUGAAUGCUCCAACCAAGAAUCAGGCACAAUAGGUAAGUGUUGCCGUGACCCCAACUACAAAGACCCAUGGCCUUCUGCGAACUUAGUCGAUGGUUUCGAUGAUGGGCAAUACAAAGAAGAUAAUCACUUUGGUGAAGUUGGUAAUCUCCAACGCAUUGUAAGAUCCCAACAAGGCUCAGUACAAAGAUUGGUGAGAUCGCAGAAAAGCCCUGUGAACGCCAGGUCCAUCAACAGCUCACCUGCUGUACCACAGCAGUUAGCAAGAUCACAGGAACAGUGUGGGACAAGAAACUACAACACCAAACCACAAGGCCAACGCCCAAUCGACAUGAACUUCGCCGAAAUCCCAUGGCAAGCUAUGAUUCUGAGAGACACCAACCGCAGCUUGCUCUGCGGAGGUGCCAUCAUCAGAAGCGAUGCUGUUUUGACCGCAGCUCACUGCGUUGAAGGACUCGAAACUUCCGAUAUUCUAAUCAAGGGAGGUGAAUGGAAACUUGGCAUCGAUGAAGAACCUCUCCCCUUCCAAAUCGUCAAAGUGGCCGCCAUCGUCCGUCAUCCAGAGUACGUCCAUGGGGCUCUAGUGAACGAUCUCGCCGUUUUGGUGCUGGAAGAGAAACUGAGGUUGGCCAAAAACAUCGGCCCAAUCUGUUUGCCAGAACCCAACCAAAUCCCCACUCAAAACUGCAUCGCGACAGGAUGGGGCAAGAGAAUCUUGCAAUUACACGCAAAGAAUGCCUUGAUGCACGGCAUCGACGUCAAAAUCAUGGAUACCAACCAAUGUAAGGAGACCUUGGCUGAAAAGUUUAAGGAUUCGGUGCAAAAUUACAGUCCGAAUACUCUCUGUGGAUUCUCAAGCAUCGAUCAAUGUAGAGUUGACUAUGGUAGCGCUUUAGCUUGCGAUAACGGUAAUGGUCAAUACACACUUUCCGGUAUUUACUCGUGGGAUACUGGGUGUAAACAGGAGGGGCAGAUUGGAGGUUAUAUCGCUCCCGAUGUAGAAUGGGUAAGGGGGUGUCUCAAUAAACCUAUCAACGAAUUAAAAAGGUUAGAUAGUGAAUACACAUCGAAAUCUAGAAAUUAAUUUUCAAAAAUGUGCUUUCUACUAAAUUUUUAACUAUUUUUAUUUUUCACACACAAUUUUCUAAAUCUGUUAUUUAUUAUAAAAAUUAUUGUGUCAGUUGUUUUAAUAUUAAACUGUAUAUAUUUUUAAGUCAAACAAGACAAAUCUCAAAAUUGUUGUAUAUAUAUAAUAAUUAUUAUUUUUACCCUUAACUAUUAUAUACCCUGUAUAUUUUAGUUGACAGUUGUAGUAGUUGUAGUCAACUUUAUUUUUUGUAUUUUGUAAGAAGUCUAAACUGCCAUAUGAAGAAAUUAUUUUUCCUAUUCAAAAUUUACUAUAUACAAAUGUUCAAACCAUUAAACUAUGACUGUUUGGUGGUUCGAAAUGAUAAAAAUGAAAUAUUUAUAAUGUAAUCUUUAUAUAAAAUGAAUAAAUAAUUUUAA